ACCUUGGUCAUCACAAAGACGUUAACGUCACAUUGUUGAGCCGGUAACGAAGGGAGUUCAACGAAGUAAAUGCGGGUGAGGGAGGAAAAAAAUUCAACGACUUUUUUUUUUCGCGUACCGAUGAGGAAUGUCCAGCUCUAAAAUUACUGUCGUGGUUGAUCCAGUGAAGAAUCCAAGGGGUAUUCCUCAUUUUGAAGCGAAGAACUUUAAAUCGAAGAAAAUAGACAGUGUAUCCGAAUACCAGGCGGUCUACAGAAAAUGGCCAUUCCAGAAACCAAGAACAAAUAUACGCCCAAAGAGCAACAAAUACGACGUCGCAGCCCCAAUGAAGUCGGAUACAACUUACAGAAUGGACUUUGCUCAGCCAAAGUUGACAAGUCGUAAGAAAAAAGAGAAAAAAAAGCUGAAGGAAAAUGAGCAAUAUAAAUAUCUACAAGAUGAGGUCAAUCGUAGGGAAAAAGCAGAUAGAAAAACUACAUAUGCUUCAGAGUUUGGUCCUAAAGAGGUCAAACAGAGAAAACCAUUCACAAUCGGUGGGGAACAGAGUUACAGACCACCAAACUAUAAAUUCACCUGCCAGUCAAUGUAUCAGUUAUCAUAUCUGACUUACAGCCCUGAUGUCAUAAAAAAAUGUCGUCCAAAUAUGAUAAUCCCACAAUCAAUGCUUCAUUCAAAUGUUGAUCGCUUGAUGUCAGAGACUUUCCCAAAUCAUGAGGAAAAAAGUAAAGAUAACCCCGAGAAAAAACCCAGUCAUUCCAAAGAAAAACCCAGUAAUCCACAACCUGAAGAAGACGUCGCAAUAAACCAGAAAACUCAGGAGAAUGAUUCCAGCCAAGUUCCUGAACAAAAAAAGGGGGAACUAGUAAUGAUCUCAACCUUUAUGGCUGAUUACAAACCAAACUGGAACGUCAAGAAAAGAACAUUAUGUAAACCGGAGGAGACGAACUACAGGGAUGAUGUCACAAAAUUUGAUGGAACCACCACACAGAAUUCGGUAUUCAAGGAAUGGCCCGUCAGUAAACCAGAGGUCCCCUUGUGGGCAAAGAAACCUGUAUACAAACAGCCAAUGGAAGGCAUGGCAUUAAAUAGUACAUACUCUAUGGACUUUGCUGAUCCUAAAGUGAUAAAAGCUGUAGCUUCUAUGAAACCACCGCCCAGGAAUGAGGACAUUAUAAAACCAAGUGGAGAUGGUUCAAUGUUUAAACCUUCAUCAACGUACAACAACACCUUUAAAGAAUGGAAUGGAGCAAAACCUGCAAAAACAUUCCUUGUCAAGAGUGUAUACAAUCCUCCUAAAGACAAAAUGGAUUUUGAAUCAACACAUAGAAAAUGUUACACAGGACAACUAGCACAGAAGGCAGAAAUAAUAAGACAUUCCUCAGAACACAGACAGCUGAAUAAAGAUGGCAAAUUAUGCUUCCAGACCACAUACCGGGAAGCAUACAAAGACAAUCGUCCAAAGAGCUGCCCUGGAUCAGGAGGAGGGAAAAUGCCAGCUGGGGUCAAGACUGCAUGGCAGGAAGACUUGUCGUCAAAGAAGGAGUUGAAUGAAUCACAAGAUAAGGACAUUAUAAAAUCUAGUGGAGAUGGUCCAAUGUUUAAACCUUCAUCAACGUACAACAACAGUUUUAAAGAAUGGAAUGGAGCACAACCUGCAAAAUCAUUCCUUGUUAAAAGUGUAUACAAUCCCCCUAAAGACAAAAUGGAUUUUGAAUCAACACAUAAGAAAUAUUACACAGGACAACUAGCACAGAAGGCAGAAAUAAUAAGACAUUCCUCAGAACACAGACAGCUGAAUAAAGAUGGCAAAUUAUGCUUCCAGACCACAUACAAUGCAACAUACAAAGACCAUCGUCCAAAGAGCUGCCCUGGAUCGGGAAGAGGGAAAAUGCCAGUUGGGGUCAAGACUGCAUGGCAGGAAGACUUGUCGUCAAAGAAGGAGUUGAAUGAAUCACAUGAUUCCGGGAUUGAUAUGAUCGAAUGUGAUAAUAAAAAAGAAGAGGAAGAUAAAUAGAUUUUAUUUUGA